AAUGGCUAUAUCAGCACUGCAGUCAGAAUUGGAACCACUUACAACAGAAAUUGAAUCUGCACAACCAACAACUGGAAUUGAAUCUGCAGCACUAUCAACUGGAAUUGAACCUGCACCACCAACAACUGGAUUGGAAUCUGAGUUACCAUCUACAAAUUGUGAAAAUAUUGAGGAAAUGCAUAUGGAAAUCUACAAUCAGAUGGGUCUUGGGGAGAAUUUGGAAGUUGGAGAAAUGAUGCAGUUGGAUGAGGAUGUCCAGAAUGAUGAUGCUGUAAGUAGACAGGAUUUUUUUUUAAAGAGUUGCAAAGAAAGAAUGAAAGGAAAUAUAAAUUAUGUUAAUUAUUCCAAGAACAAUCAAUACUUUCAAUGA